AUGCCUUUCCCAGCCUGGUGGGUACUUCUGGGCAUCUGCAUAGGUGUGCCGGGGCAGCAAGCAGUGGCAGGCAGUUUCCCACCACCUUGUGACAGCCAGAUCUACUGCACUGGGGAGCUGCUGCGGCAGGUCCAGAUGAAGAAGCUUUUCACUGACGACAAGCACUUUGUGGACCUGCCCCUGCGAGCCAGCCAAGAAAUGGUCCUGCAGGACUUCCAGCAACUGGUGAAUGCAACGCCGGGCGGGGCUUUGUCCAAGCAGCAGCUGGAGGAGUUUGUAAAGACGCACUUCUUGCCCCAUGGGCAGGAGUUUGAGCCCUGGGAGCCUUCAGACUGGACACGCAGCCCAGAGCUGCUCGGACUCAUUUCCGACCAGAGGCUGCGGUCCUGGGCCCAGGAGCUGAACGCCAAGUGGAAGCUGCUGGGUAGGAAGGUCAAAGCCGAUGUGCAGACCGACCCAGAGAGGUACUCCCUGAUCUACGUGCCAAGCCCAAUGAUUGUGCCUGGGGGGCGAUUCAUGGAGUAUUACUAUUGGGAUUCCUUUUGGGUCAUCGAGGGUCUUCUGCUCUGCAACAUGACGGCCACAGCGAAGGGCAUGAUCCAGAACUUCCUUUAUCUGGUGGAAAAAUUUGGACACGUCCCCAACGGAGGCCGCGUCUACUACCAGCGGCGGAGCCAGCCUCCCUUCCUCACCCUCAUGAUGGAGGCCUACCUGAAGCACACCGGCGACCUGGCCUUCCUCAACGCCAGCCUGGGUGUGCUGGAGGAGGAGUACCGCUUCUGGCAGGAGCAGCGGGCUGUCAACGUGACCUUUGCUGGCCAGGAGUACUCCUUGAACCACUACAGCGUGCCAGUGGGGGAGCCCAGGCCAGAGGCCUACAGCAAGGACGUGGAGCUGGCCCAGGGCCUGCCGGAAGGCAGGCAGCAGGAGCUGUGGUCCGAGCUGCAGGGCGCGGCCGAGUCGGGCUGGGACUUUUCUUCACGCUGGUUCCUGCCGGGGCCCCCUCCCCUGCCAGCCACACUGCAGGACACGCAGACCAGUGCUGUCGUGCCCGUUGACCUCAAUGCCAUCCUGUGCCACGUGGAAGCACUUCUGGCCAACUUCUGCACCCGGCUGGGAGAUGCUGCAAAAGCUGCCCGGUUCCGGGCUGCUCACCAGCAGCGGGUGGCUGCUGUGAGGGCCGUCCUGUGGCACGAGGGCACCGGCACCUGGCUGGACUACAACCUGCAGCGCCACCAGCAUAACCAGGCCUUCUACCCAUCCAACUUAACCCCGCUGUGGGCCGAGUGUGGCUUGGAGGGUGCCGCCAUGGAAAAGGCCCUGCGCUACCUGGAGAACAGCCCAGCACUGUCCUAUUCCCACGGGCUGCCCACCUCUCUGGCUCGCACGGGGCAGCAGUGGGACUUCCCAAAUGCAUGGGCCCCACUCCAGCACAUGGUGAUUGCAGGUCUGGCCAAGUUGCCAUCCUCCCGGGCCCGAGAGCUGGCCUUCACCUUGGCUCAGAACUGGGUGAGAACCAACCUGGCUGUCUAUGAGACGCACCAGGCCAUGUUUGAGAAGUACGAUGUCGAAGGUGACGGGACCCCAGGUGCCGGUGGGGAAUAUGUUGUUCAGGAGGGCUUUGGCUGGACAAACGGCGUGGCUUUGCAGCUCCUGGAUCUCUACGGCAACCGCCUCACUGCAGCGGGCUCUGCCCUGCCUUGCUCCUGGGCCUGGAUCGGGGCCUUCCUUGUACUGUUCCUCGCACAGCAGCCUUUGUGA